UUUCUCCAUUAUUAUUGAGUUCUUUUUAAAAAAUCGAUCUCCACCGCAGUUUAGCCAUGGCAGGAUUCAUUCUCAGUUCUGGUUUGGGCAGUGGUUCUUGUGGAAGGUUGGUUCUUGCUACUGGUGCAACAGUUAUGUGUCGUUCCAAACCAAUUGCUGCAGUUGCUCUCAAAAUUUUUGGUAGAGUUCAAGGGGUCUGUUAUAGAGCCUCUGCAGCGGAAAAGGCUGAGGAGUUGAACUUGGUUGGAUGGGUAAGGAAUAAUAGAGACGGUACAGUGGAAGCAGAAGCUCAAGGGACCUGUGACAACUUGAAGCUUUUUGUAGAAUGGUGUAAACAAGGUCCCGAUAUUGCAAAGGUUACAAAGGUUGAGGAACAGUGGAAAGAUAUAGAUACACUAGAUUACAGUAGUUUUCGUGUGGAAAGAACCGUCUAAUAUGGUAUCAAUCAAACUCUGAAGUCUUAUCUUUGCUGUAUCAAUGUUCGUUGAUCGUCGCUUCUGCGCCUUAUCUUUUUAAGAGUUUUUGUUUCGUUUCCUCCUUCCGUUCGACUUCCCCUUUUAUUUUUACUUGUGAGAGAAGUGGUGCAUUUCCAAGCUGAAACUUAGGCUUCCUAGUUUUGACUUGCCUUGGACUCUUAAUGUGUCUUUAUGCAACUCUCUUACUUGAUGUAUCUUGAAAGUUUUUUGCUCGAAAGUUGCUUGGAUUUUGUCGUGUUCAUGACAAUAUAAAGCAAUAGCAACCCAAAUUUUUACAUAAUCUCUCUUUUGCUCUAGUACUGAAUUAUUACAAUUGUUUCUAAAGAAAUCCUUGAUGCCGUCGAGAAACGGUAUGAUUUUGAACCUGCUUGGUAGCAUUGUGCCAUUUGAGCCAAGAACUUGUCCCUAUAUGUUUGAAUUGUUUUUAUACGUUAAACCUUGGCUCUCUGAAGGUCAAAUUCUGCUCUCUCGUAAAAAUUGUCUUUGAGAUAACUUGCUGUCCUCCCAACAGUUGGAAAUAAGAACUGAUGAAAGUUUAUUAAAAACAUUUAACCACAA